GUUUAAUCUCUCACUGGCGGGACAAGUAGAAAUGGCAUGAUAACAUUUUAGAAGUUUUUAUCACCAAAGGGCAAUGGUAGCUCCUGAUCAUAACAAGUAGGGAUUUCAGAAUGACAAGGAGUUUAUAUUGCUUUAUCAUAUGUGUAUAUGGUUCAAAGAUUGUCUUGGGUUCUACCCAGAACACGCAAAAUGAAUUUAAACAAACACGAGUGGUAAUCACAACACUAGGAGAAGUAGAAGGCACUGUACAUUACGCUAUAGAUAACAGUAAACCUGUAUAUGCAUUCUACAGUAUACCAUAUGCAGAGCCACCUAUAGGGAGCAACAGGUUUCAACCACCGAUACCAGCUAAACCAUGGACUGGUAUAAGAGAUGCCACUAAAAUACGUCAUUUCUGUAUACAAGACUAUGAGGUGGCCAAUGCAGGAUGUUCACUGUUAAAACCUCUUCCACUGAAUCAACCAGAUGACACAAAGUUUUACUCAGAAGAUUGUCUAGAGCUAGAUGUCUAUACUCCUGAUAUCAAUGCUAAACUUCCAGUUAUGUUCUGGAUACAUGGUGGGGGAUUUAAUGUUGCUUCUGGCCAUCUUUACAAUGGAACCUCAUUGAGUGCAUUUAGGAAUGUAGUUAUUGUUUCUAUCAACUAUAGGCUUGCACAUCUAGGAUUCUUGAGUACAGGAGACAAACAUAUGCCCGGCAACAUGGGACUCAAAGAUCAAGUUGAGGCACUCAAAUGGGUGAAACAAAAUAUUUAUGCAUUUGGUGGAGAACCCAAUACUGUGACCAUAUUUGGAGACAGCGCAGGUUCAUGGAGUACAUCUGCACAUCUUGUGUCACCAAUGAGUAAAGGUCUCUUCAAGUAUGCUAUACUACAGAGUGGAUCUAUACUCACUGAUAUAGUCGUGAAUGAGAAACCAGAAGAUACUUUUGAUGAGGCAGCGGGAUUUUUAGGUUGUGCAAAUGGUACUAAAUCAGACAUAACAAACUGUGUGAAACAAUCUUCUGUUGAAGAUAUUCACAAACUUGUUAUAAAGACUGCUGGCUUUACAAAAAAUGACUGGGUGACAGUUGAUGGAGAAUUCUUUCCUAAACAUCCUAAAUAUCUCUAUGAGGAGGCAGAUUUCAGUGAUACUGUUGUAAUGAUUGGAACUACAGAACAUGAAAUGUACAUGUACCUCGCAUUUUGGUCUCAUGAUGGAAACUACAAUUAUGACACAUUUCUUGAAGAAAUAAAAUAUCCAACUGAAGUAUUUUAUCAAAAGGAUACAGUGACUGUUGAAAAUCUAAAUAAAAUUGCAAAGUUCUAUUUCGAAACUGAUACAACAGCAACGGAUGAGAAAACCUACAGAGAUAAAGCCCUUGAGAUUACAACUGACUUUACAAUGGAGUUCCCUGUGCUUAAUUUGACAAAUACUAUUGUAGAGCGAGGUGGGAAAGCUUUCCUCUAUAUAUUUUCCCACUCUCCUAGCUAUAUGAGGCUCAGUAGGUCGAGGGAGGCAGCCGCACAUCUUGAUGAGCUUUUCUUAUUGUUUGGCUAUGGUUUCAUUAAUCCAAACAAAUAUAAUGAAAGGAUUACAUACUCAGAAGAAGAGGAAACAUUUGCACAUAUUCUGAUGAAAUAUUGGACCAACUUCGCAAAAACUGGAGAUCCUAACAGUGCAGAUUUGCCACUCUGGCCACAAUUCAACUUAGAGAGUGAAGAAUAUGCUGUGCUUCAACCCCAGCCAUAUGUGAGACAACUAUUCAGGAAGGAAAAGUUUCAAUUUUGGAAAACAUUCAUGCAAGACAUUGAAAAUAAGAGGCAUGUGAUUAAAGUAAAAAGAGACGAACUAUAAUUCAUGCAAUUCAUUUAGUAGAAAUGGGCGAAUUCAGG